UAUUUUGUCUGGAAUGUCUUCCUAGAAUCUUUACUGGAUCUACCAGGCUGGAUGGAAAUGCAAUAGUUGACUUUGUCCGCUGGCUGUGUGCUGUGUCCAUGGAUGAACUGGCUUCCCCCCACCAUCCUCGCAUGUUCAGCUUGCAGAAGAUUGUGGAGAUAUCAUACUACAACAUGAAUCGGAUCCGACUGCAGUGGUCCCGAAUAUGGCAUGUGAUUGGAGAUCACUUCAAUAAGGUUGGCUGUAACCCCAACGAAGAUGUGGCUAUCUUUGCCGUUGACUCAUUAAGGCAGCUCUCCAUGAAGUUUCUUGAGAAGGGAGAAUUAGCCAACUUCCGUUUCCAGAAGGAUUUUCUGAGGCCAUUUGAGCAUAUUAUGAAGAAAAACAGAUCUCCAACCAUCCGAGACAUGGUGAUCCGCUGUAUUGCCCAGAUGGUGAAUUCCCAGGCGGCCAAUAUCCGCUCAGGCUGGAAGAACAUCUUUGCAGUGUUCCACCAGGCGGCCUCUGAUCAUGAUGGGAACAUUGUGGAGCUAGCCUUCCAGACCACAGGCCACAUCGUCACAACUAUUUUCCAGCACCAUUUCCCUGCAGCCAUCGAUUCCUUUCAGGAUGCUGUGAAGUGCUUAUCAGAGUUUGCCUGCAAUGCUGCUUUCCCUGACACUAGCAUGGAAGCUAUCCGGCUCAUUCGUUUCUGUGGGAAAUACGUCUCUGAUAGGCCUCGGGUGCUACAAGAAUAUACAAGUGAUGAUAUGAAUGUAGCUCCUGGUGACAGAGUCUGGGUUCGAGGCUGGUUCCCCAUCUUAUUUGAGCUCUCCUGCAUCAUUAACAGAUGCAAGUUAGAUGUACGGACAAGAGGACUCACAGUCAUGUUUGAGAUCAUGAAGAGCUAUGGCCACACCUUUGAAAAGCACUGGUGGCAGGACUUAUUCAGAAUCGUGUUUCGGAUUUUUGACAAUAUGAAACUCCCUGAGCAACAGUCAGAGAAAUCCGAGUGGAUGACAACAACCUGCAAUCAUGCACUUUAUGCUAUUUGUGACGUAUUUACACAAUUUUAUGAAGCUUUGAAUGAAAUUCUUCUUUCUGAUGUAUUUGCACAGUUGCAGUGGUGUGUAAAACAAGAUAAUGAACAGUUGGCUCGAUCAGGUACAAAUUGCUUAGAAAAUUUAGUAAUAUCCAGUGGAGAGAAAUUCAGUCCUGAUGUCUGGGAUGAAACUUGCAACUGUAUGUUGGAUAUUUUCAAAACAACCAUCCCACAUGUUUUGCUGACAUGGAGACCUAUAGGAAUGGAGGAAGACUCAUCCGAAAAGCAUUUGGAUGUGGAUCUCGACCGCCAGUCUUUAAGCAGCAUAGAUAAAAAUGCCUCUGAGAGAGGCCAGAGCCAGCUCUCUAACCCAACCGAUGACAGUUGGAAGGGUGGACCAUAUGCAAGAUGGGAGCAAGACACCCUGGAUGCAGAUAUCCACAUAGAGACAGAGGAUCAAGGCAUGUAUAAGUACAUGUCUUCCCAGCAUCUCUUCAAGCUGUUGGACUGCUUGCAGGAGUCCCAUUUAUUCUCAAAGGCCUUCAACUCCAAUUAUGAGCAGCGGACUGUCCUGUGGCGAGCAGGUUUUAAGGGAAAGUCUAAACCCAAUCUUCUGAAACAAGAAACCAGCAGCCUGGCCUGUUGUUUGAGGAUCCUGUUUCGAAUGUAUGUUGAUGAGAACCGCAGAGAUUCCUGGGAACAAAUACAGCGGCGACUUUUAACCGUGUGCAGUGAAGCUCUUGCCUAUUUCAUCACAGUGAAUUCUGAAAGCCAUCGGGAGGCCUGGACAAGUCUCUUGUUGUUACUUUUAACCAAAACCCUCAAAAUAAACGAUGAAAAGUUCAAAGCACAUGCUUCAACCUACUACCCCUACUUGUGUGAAAUUAUGCAGUUUGAUCUGAUCCCUGAGCUCCGAGCAGUUCUACGGAAGUUCUUCCUACGGAUAGGUGUUGUGUAUAAGAUAUGGAUUCCAGAGGAGACAUCUGAGGUACCAGCAACACCCUCACCAGUAUGGUAACCCUGACUCCUUUGAGCCACUGCUGCAGCUCUGCAGGACGUACAUCAUGCCAUCUGUAACUGGCACAUCUUGUGAAGGGUCACAUAGAAUCAAGAAGUCAGCCUCUUGGAUUUCAGUAUGACCUGGAUGAGGAUGGCCUGUAUGCUGGCCCCAUCAAAGUCCCCAGCUAAGGCUUGUGGUAUUUCCUUAAACUGUUGAAUAUUCAGAUAACACAAAAGCUGAGGCACCUGUUUCAUUUCUGUCAUUCCAUAUUACUGAUUAAACUGUCUGUCACAUCUGUCAUUGCAAAUGCCAUCAUUUUCUAGCAGAGUCCCAUGAUUGGCUGUAAAUGUUUUGUCAGAGGAAAUCACUCGCCUUGAAAAUACUGAAUAUAGCUGUAUAGGUUCGUGAUUAUUAGAGAGUAUGUUAAUAAAAUUUCUUGUGAAAGCUGUCACCUAAAAUAUGCUGGGUUUUUUUGUUGUGUUGAGUAUGUUAGAGAAGUUUGAAUGUUUUUGUCAGUUAUGAGUCAUCUGUAGUUAGAUUAGUUUGGGGAAAGGUAGGGAAAAGAAGGAUUGUUUUUGUGUUUUGUUAAUGUCUGAGUGAUUUUACAAAAAGAUAUUGAAGAUGUUGGUUGAAGGCAGAGUUUAGUCAUUAAGUUAGAAUUAAGAGCUUGCAAGGUUAAAAAAAAUGUAGUGCCUCAUGGCUCUCCCUGUUUUAGUAACUUAGGGAGAAAACGUCUAUAGGAAAAAAUAAACAAUGAAGAUGAUUAACCUCCCUUGAAGUAAGUAUUUGUGGAUGGGUGUUAAAUAAAUAUUUCCAGAAUUCAUUGUCCAUCUCACAUACUCUGAAAUCUAAUAUAUGAAGUAGUAAUGAGAAUGAAGUAGUAAUUUAACCAGAGUUCAUUAAUCUUUGAGUAAACCUUUUUAUUUUUACCUCAGAAGAGUGAGUGUACUGAGAGUUAGUAUCGCUGCUUUGCACAGUCCCCAUUAAAGGGCCUUCAGGAGAGGGACAGUAACUGCACGAGAAGGGUGGCUCUUGUGAACCUCCUCAGCCAAAUGUCAUGGGUGGAACCAGGGCUGUCAUGGGGCCAGCACAGCUGAACUGUGACAAUGGCAGGAGGUGGCAUGUGUCCAACUCUUCUGCUAGUUAGUUAUGCUAAUGAUGGUGCAAUACUCUUAACUGUAAUAGAACUUAAUUCUGAUGCAGCUCAUAUAAAGUGGGCCAUAUACAAGCCUGGCCCAAAGCCUGCAGGCAGUAUAUUAGGAAGCUUAAUUUAUUCUGGGUUUGUGAGAAAGAGAACACACGCUUCAUUCUCUGCCCUCAUCCACUGCUCGCCAAGAGCAGCACUAAGCAUUAGAAAAAGUGUUACACAGAGUGAUUAAAACAUUCAGACUUCUACCUAUGCUCUUUAGUCCUGUAAAUUGGGUUGUAUUGAUGUCAACUCUGGUGCCUUAGAAGUUAGUAGUUUGGGAACCUAUCUGUAAAAUCAGAUAUUUUUUUCUUUCUAGAGAAGAAUUUCUGGUGCUUUUGCUUACCAAGAGACCGAUUUCUUAUGUUUUUGUUUAUUUGUUUUUAACAGCCUUGAGAAAUGUUUGGGGUUUUUUGGCCAGCAGUACUCUGUCUACUUUUUACUUUCCCAAAAAGUGUUUUAGUUUCUCAACCAAAGAAAAAGAGCAGGUUUAGGUUUUUAUAUUAUUUACAUACAUUACAGAAGAGGAACUACAUAAUGUAGCAGGAAGGGACUAGCGAAGAACACUUUACUAUGAAUGGAAAAGUUAUCACAUUGACUUACUUGUGGAAUCCAUUACAUCUUCACACUACACUGUGAAACCUGUGUUCUAAGACUUACUCCUCCCUGGUAUUGUAGCUUGUGACCACCUCAUCUCCAUCAAUAUUUGUACUAAAGGUCUAAAUGGAGGGCACCCAUGUUCAUUCAUUAAGUACAUCUCUCAGACAGCUACAUCCCUGAUUGGAGAUUUUUUUUUCUUUUAGAGGUUCUCAUAUGUCAUUUUCUUCAUUAAAUGUGACUGCAAGUUUCUUCCAGUGUUAUUCAUACCUUUUCUUUAAUUUUUGCCUCUUACAGAGUAGGGAAUGUGUCAGUGCAUUUUAUUACUUGCUGGAACAUUCAGGCUUGAAUUUCUUUUUAACUUUGUCUUUUAAAAGAUUUAAUUUUCUGAAUGAGGCAUUUGAAUUGCACCAACAAUGGACCUUCUAAACACUGGAUGUAAAAGCAUUCGGGGUAAUUUUUCUUGUCAGUAGACAGUGACGAACAGAAGAAAUCCCGUAUCUCCAGUAAUAAGCCAUUCAGCCUAAAUUCUUUUUUGUGAAUAAAUCUAUUCUUUCUCGUGGUAAAUGUGGCUUGUGCUAUUCAAACACUAGCAAAAAGGGUGUGUGUGAGUUGGCAACAUCGGGCCAGACUCCAUUUAUUUAACAAA